AUGAUUCCAUUUGGUUCUCUUGGUAUGCUAUCACUGUAUGUGGGCACCCUGCUGUCUUUAGAUGCAUCCCCGGCCUGCACACACCCUCCCUGCAGGGACAGUCUGGUGGCUGCACCCAUGCCACCUGGGACAGGGGCAGGAGGCAGUGGGGCCUGUGAGGGUCAGACUGGGACAGCAGGCUGUCGCAUGGGGGUUGCACUUCCAGCCAUCCGGUCGGAGCACAGGCCCGAGUCCCCCCAGGUUCAGCCUAAGACUGGAGGUGUCAAAGAGCGUCUCGUUCAGCUGCAGCGCUGCAUGCACUCUCUCCAGGAAACAGGAGGAGCCUGGAGCCACGGGGGCCAGGAGAGCAACUCUCUGGGAGCCAUUCUGGCUCUAAUGGCAGCUGUGCUGACAGAGUGUGACCUCCACUGUCACAGCCAGGCCCUUGGGGUGAUGGCCAAACGACUAGAAAGUGCAGCAGUGGGGAGAGAGGGGGAGAAAGACCUGCUGCUGUUCCUGAAGAGCAUCACACAACACCCACCAACAGUUUCCCCUUUGGAGAGGUUACAUCCUCAGGACUGUGCAGAGAUUUACAGGCUCGGCAUCAAAGACAGUGGAAUCUACACCAUUCAGCCUGACCUGCACAGGCCGGCACUGGAGGCUAAAUGUGACAUGGAGACGGCGGGCGGUGGUUGGACGGUUAUCCAGAAUCGGCGGGACGGUUCGCUGAACUUCAACAGGACAUGGCAGGAAUACCGCGAGGGCUUUGGGAGUCCGCAGGGAGAGCACUGGCUGGGGAACGCAGCGCUGACCGCCCUCACCUCCGUCGGCCAACACCAGCUCCGGAUUGAGCUGGAGGACUGGCACCAACAGAAACGUCAAGCUACCUACAACACUUUCAAAGUGGCCUCAGAGGCACAGAGGUAUCGUCUGACAGCUCGUGAAUACUCUGGAGAUGCAGGCAAUGCCUUGAGUUACAGCAAACGCUACAACCACGACGGCAGAUCCUUCAGCACCGCUGACCGGGAUCAUGACCGCUACGCAGCAGGAAACUGUGGUCAGUACUACGGCACUGGCUGGUGGUUCGAUGCCUGCCUGGCGGCCAACCUGAACGGACGGUACUACCGUGGGCGCUACAGUGGGGUGACCAACGGUAUCUACUGGGGGACGUGGUACAUCCUGACAGACGGACGGACUGGAGAACGCUACUCCUUCAAGAGGGUGGAGAUGAAAACGAGACCUAGGAACUUUGUGGGAAGGUCCUAAAUCUAACAUGACUCUACUGAAAAUAAGUGGCACAACCGACUUGAAUGAUCAUGUCAGUCACAGUUGAUGAACAGAUGUGAGAUAUAGAGUUACAGCGUGGACAUCACUGUGUUUAGAGCAGCUUUCGUGUCGCCUUAAAAAUCUACGCAGACGGCAGCUAAAAGAUUCAAGAAAAAUAUACUUAAGAUAAUGUUUAAACAAUAUUUCAUGUUCACUUGCAGACAGUUUGAGCCUAUUCCCCCACAUUAAAAUUAUACUUCUGUUAAUUAUUGGGCUACUCCAUAGACUGUACAUAAAGAUGGACGAUAUGACCAAAAGUGAAGCCAAAGUGUCUCAAUCGCCACCUGGUGUUUGGUUGCUGUAGAGGUCAUAGAACCUACCACCAUCGACCAAACUAAAAAGACAAACAAUUUUGUUUGCCACAUGCGCAUGAUGGCAGCGUUUGUAUCUAGGAUAUUUAGGAAAUAUAUUUCUGGACAGCGGGAGGAAGUGGAGACAUGUCGUCCAUCUUUUAGAAAAGUCUGUGAUAACACCAUGUCAGACAAACAAAGAAAUAUAUAUUGAAAUAACUGUAGCUGUUACUGUUGUUCUACAUUUACUGCUUUAUUGCAUAUAAAAACAUAACUCAAUCAGUGCCCAGUGAAGCACGUAUAUACAUACAGAUGUUGUUUCUAUAUAGAUGAUGAAUUUAUUGCAAUGCUG